CCCCGUUGUUAUCGGAGUAGGACUCUAUCUGAAUCGAUUUCAACGCGAUUCGGUUUUGAAGAAGAUAUCGUUCUACUAUCUAGAACACUAGAACGCCGAAUUUGACUGUUCCAAGGUUCAAACCGGCCAGCUUAUUUUUAACCCCGCUCGAUCUGCUUGCACCAAAGGAAGGAAGGAAGGAAGGACGGACUGAAAGCGAAUGUGUUAAUAAAGCAAAUCCGAAAAGCCGAUUCAGCUUUCAGGUGCAUAGAUUGGGAAUUAAUUCCUCACAUAUACAUGAAUUUGGCUUGAAAUUCUAACUUAAAGAAAAGAUGGUUAUGAACUCAACUCUAAAAUGUCCACCCCCCAUGAAGGCUACAUCAAAUGGUGUCUUUCAGGGUGACAAUCCUCUCCAGUUUGCUCUCCCACUGGCAAUUCUACAGAUAUGUUUAGUUGUUGUUGUCACUAGAAGUCUUGCUUUCGUUCUUCGCCCCUUAAGGCAGCCCCGUGUCAUUGCUGAGAUCAUCGGAGGAAUAUUGCUUGGGCCAUCGGCUUUGGGGCGCAAUCUGGAUUAUCUACACACUGUUUUUCCAGCUAGAAGCUUGACAGUAUUGGAUACACUGGCCAAUCUAGGUCUCCUUUUCUUCCUAUUCCUUGUUGGUCUAGAAUUGGACCUGAAGUCUCUCCGUAGAACUGGGAAGAGAGCCUUGACCAUUGCAAUUGCUGGGAUCUCCCUCCCUUUUACAUUAGGAGUGGGGACUUCUUUCGUUCUCAGAGCAACUAUUUCAAAAGGAGUAAACCAGGGCCCAUUUCUUGUGUUCAUGGGGGUGGCUCUUUCUAUUACUGCCUUUCCUGUCUUAGCUAGAAUCUUAGCUGAACUAAAGCUUUUAACCACAGACGUAGGAAGAAUAGCCAUGUCGGCAGCCGCUGUAAAUGACGUGGCGGCUUGGAUUCUUCUUGCCUUAGCUAUUGCCCUAUCCGGAACCAACAGUUCUCCCUUCAUUUCUUUGUGGGUUUUAUUAUGCGGGUGUGCUUUCGUUUUAGUUUGCAUACUUGUUAUCCCGCCUGUCUUCAAAUGGAUGGCUGAUAAAUGCCCGGAGGGAGAGCAUGUGAAUGAGAAUUACGUUUGUGCAACGUUGGCAGUUGUUCUAGCUGCUGGAUUUGUGACGGAUUCUAUUGGAAUUCAUGCCCUUUUCGGGGCCUUUGUGGUUGGCGUGCUUCUUCCGAAAGAAGGGGCGUUUUCAGGUGCGUUGGUGGAGAAGGUUGAAGAUCUUGUUUCUGGCUUGUUCCUACCGUUGUACUUUGUUUCAAACGGAUUGAAGACUAAUGUCGCCACUAUCGAAGGCCUGCAGUCAUGGGGUCUUCUUCUUUUGGUCAUAACCACAGCUUCCGUGGGAAAGAUUGUUGGAACUGUUGUAGUCUCUCUUUUGUCUGGUGUGGAUUUCAAAGAGGCUUUGACAUUAGGAGUCUUGAUGAACACUAAGGGGUUGGUGGAGCUAAUUGUCCUUAAUAUUGGGAAAGAUAAAGGGGUUUUGAAUGAUCAAACAUUUGCAAUCAUGGUUCUAAUGGCUCUAUUCACAACCUUCAUUACAACACCAUUAGUUAUGGCUAUCUACAAACCAGCCAGAGUAGUCGAGAAAGGCGAGUACAAGAACCGAACCGUUGAGAGAAAGAAAACAAAUUCUCAAUUAAGAAUAUUAACAUGUUUCCACAGCACGAGGAACAUCCCGUCCAUGAUCAAUCUCAUCGAGGCAUCUCGAGGAAUUAGGAAGGAAGGGCUUCGCGUUUACGCCAUGCACCUCAUGGAACUCUCCGAAAGAUCCUCUGCUAUCCGAAUGGUUCACAAGGCAAGAAAGAACGGACUUCCGUUCUGGACAAAUGACAGAUCGUCCGUCAGCAACCAGAUAGUGGUCGCAUUCGAAGCCUUCCAGCAGCUUAGCAAAGUGACAAUCCGACCCACAAUGGCAAUCUCGAGAAUGUCGAAUAUUCACGAAGAUAUAUGUUCUAGCGCGGAAAGCCAGCAGGCCGCAAUUAUAAUCCUGCCUUUCCAUAAGCACCAACGUCUGGACGGACAGUUGGAGACCACGAGAUACGAAUUCCAUUACAUAAACAAAAGGGUCCUUGAACACGCCCCGUGUUCGGUCGGUAUAUUGGUAGACAGGGGACUAGGAGGAAACGCUCAUGUUUCGGCUAGAAACGUUGAUUUUAUUGUAAAGGUGUUGUUUUUCGGUGGUCCUGAUGACAUUGAAGCACUUGCGUACGGUGCUCGUAUGUCGGAACACCCGGGGAUUAGACUUGCGGUGAUUCGUUUCCGUGUAACUUCGGAGAUGAAUAACGUUGGAAUCGAUGUGGGUGAGGAUGAAAUAGAACAAUCUAGGGACGAAGAAUGCUUGUCGGAAUUUAGAGAGAGGAUGGAGAAGAACGAGAGGAUUAAAUACGAUGAGAUUGAAGUGGGGAGUGGGAGAGAGGCGGUUGAGGUUAUCAAGAGACAACAUGAUGGGCGGUGCCAGCUGUUGGUGGUGGGUCGUAUGCCGGAGGGUCAGUUAGUGGCGGCGUUUGAGGGGUCGUCGAGGAAUGAUUGUCGGGAAUUGGGGCCGGUCGGGGGGCUUUUGACCUCGCCGGAGUUCUCCACUUCGGUUCUUGUGGUGCAACAGUACCGGACCCAGUUGCCGGAGAGUUCGUUGGCUUCGUUGACCGACGAUGAUGAUGAUACAAACUAAUUAAUUUAUAAUUGACUAUAAUAAUAGACUAAAGUGAGUGUAACUCAUCAUCUUAUCUUAAAAGGGUGGUUACUUG